GCUGUUUUUCUGAUUUCCUGGACUUCACCUCCCCUCUUACAGGACCCCCGGCGGGACCCGCACCCCAGCUUGGGAACCACCGGGCUAGAGCCAUCCCACUCUGCAGGCUCCAUGCUACUAUUGUCUAACAGGAGAGCGGGCUAUUUGCAAAAUAAAGGUAGCCUACUGUCUCGCUCUCAGCCGCUAUGUGGGCCGAUCCACACGGGCAGGGUUUCUUUCUGUGCCUGCAGCAGCGUUGAGACGAGCUAUCGGCGGCCGUCCUCCGGGCUUUUCCUCCACACAGCUUCGGGCUUCUCGGCGGUCGGAUGCUGGAAGUCCUCGCCGAUAAGGGAGCGCGUCGGGCUCGCGGAGAAAAAGGGAGAAUUGACGCGGAAGGAAGGAAGGAAGGACGCGAGCAAGGAAAGAUAGGGGAGCAUUUUAAUACCAAAUCGGGACACAUGUUGAGCUAACUGGCCGCUCCACCUCCCCCCUUCUUCUCCUCCCAAAUGCAUUUGUUGCCUCAAUCGCUUUCCCGUUACUAAUUACUCCGCGUUAGGAUAAAGCCAGCGGACCUCCUCCUCUCCGGCUCCGAGGAUCCUCACUCACCGCUUUGGGGGACGAUCAUGGAUCUCAGUAAGAUUGCUGUCAGCAUCAAUAAGGCCAUCAACACACAGGAGGUCGCUGUCAAAGAGAAGCAUGCCAGGACCUGCAUCUUGGGGACCCAUCAUGAGAAAGGCGCCCACACUUUCUGGGCAGCGGUCAACCGGCUUCCUCUCUCCAGCAACGCGGUGCUCUGCUGGAAGUUCUGCCACGUCUUCCACAAGCUGCUGCGAGACGGCCAUCCGAACGUGAUAAAGGACUCCAUGAGGAACAAGGCUGAUUUAACUGAUAUGAGCAGGAUGUGGGGUCACCUGAGUGAAGGCUAUGGGAAGCUGUGCAGCAUCUACCUCAAACUGCUCAUCACCAAAAUGGAGUUUCACAUCAAAAACCCUCGUUUCCCUGGCAACCUGCAGAUGUCAAACAGACAGCUUGACGAGGCGGGAGAGAACGACGUUAACAACUUCUUCCAGUUGACGGUCGAGAUGUUUGACUACCUGGAGUGCGAGCUCAACCUCUUCCUGGGUGUAUUCAGCUCUCUCGACAUGUCCCGGUCGGUGUCGGUGACGGCGGCCGGCCAGUGCCGCCUGGCCCCCCUCAUCCAAGUCAUCCUGGACUGCAGCCACCUGUACGAUUACACCGUCAAGCUGCUGUUUAAGCUGCACUCCUGCCUUCCAGCAGACACUCUCCAGGGCCACAGAGAUCGCUUCCAGGAACAGUUCAAGAAGUUAAAGAGUCUGUUCUAUCGCUCCAGCAACUUGCAGUAUUUCAAGAGGCUGAUUCAGAUCCCACAGUUGCCUGAGAACCCUCCUAACUUCCUGCGUGCGUCGGCUCUGUCGGAGCACAUCAGCCCCGUGGUCGUGAUCCCCGCCGAGUCGUCGUCCCCGGAGUCGGAGCACGUGGUGGAGACGGACGACCUGGUGGACACGGACGUCCCCGUGCUGCCGGCUGCUUUGGAGACCAAGUUUGACGACCUGUUUGGCACCUCGGCCGCUAUAGACCCCUUCAACUUCAACAGUCAGAACGGCAUGCGGAAGGACGACAAAGACCGCCUGAUCGAACAGCUGACGAGGGAGAUCCAGGCCCUCAAAGAAGAGCUGGAGUCUUUCAGACUGGAGAGUGGUCGCUUGUGUCAGGCGCUGAGGGGGCGCGUCAGCGAGCUGGAGGCGGAGCUCGCAGAGCAGAGCCACCUGAGGCUGCAGGCUACGGGGGAGAGCGAGUUCCUGAAGGCGGAGCUGGACGACCUGCGGAGGGUCAGAGAGGACACGGAGAAGGAGCAGCGGAGCCUGACGGAGAUAGAGAAAAAAGCUCAGGCCAAUGAGCAGCGCUACACCAAACUGAAGGAGAAGUACACGGAGCUGGUUCAGAGUCACGCAGACCUGCUGAGGAAGAACGCAGAGGUGACCCGGCAGAUGACGGUGGCUCGGGCCGCACAGGAUGAAGUGGAGGCGGUGAGGAGGGAGAUGCAGGAGAAGGUGAAGGCCGCUCAGGAGGUUGCAGAAAGACAAGAAAGGGACCAGCUGGACCAGCUUCAGGAGCUCCAGAGAGAGCUGAUGUCCAGCAGGGUGGAGCUGGACUCACUGAAGGCCACCACGGCCUCGUCCCAGCAGUCGAGCGAGGUGCUGAGCACGCAGCUGGCCGCCCUGGAGUCUGAGAAGACGGAGCUGGUGCACUCCUUGUCGAAGGUGGAGGCGGAGCUGGCUGUCCGCGGGGUGGAGCUAGAGCGCGUACAGACCUCUCUGGCGACUGAGAGGGAGAGCGGCGUCAAGACAGCAGAAACCCUGCAGAAUCAGCUCAAUGAGAAGGAGAGCAGGGAGCAGGCGCUGGAGAGCCAGCUGGUAGCAGCUCGCUGGUCCAGUCUGCAGGCAGCUGUGGAGGAGGCAGAGAGGAUCAUCCAGGACUCGCUGGCUCAGAUAGACGACCCGGCGCACAUCAGCUGCACCAGCUCCGCCGACUACCUAGCAUCCAGAUGUCAGGCCUCUUUAGACUGUAUGGACAGACUCCAGUCAAAGAGAGAGGCCUUCUUGGCAGACAGCACAGGUGUAUCCGAGCUGGUGCGAGUGGUCACCCAGUGCGGCCACCUGGUGGGCGACACCAUCGUUCAGGGUAGUGCCACCUCCCACAUGGUGCCUGUGGAGCAAGCUGAUGCCCUGUCGGAGAGCGUGAAGGCGUGCGGGGCUGAAGCUCUGGCUCUGCUGGGCCAGAUGAAGCAGCAGGACAGCCUGGCUGCAGCGGACAACGGCAGGCUGAAGGCAGCUCUGGAGGCCAUCCUGGCCACUGCGGAGAAACUGCGUCCUCGGGGUUUGGAGCUGCAGCAGGGGGAGCUGGGAGACCUCGUGGAGCAGGAAAUGGCUGCCACCUCUGCCGCCGUGGAAUCAGCAGCUGCCAGGAUAGAGGAAAUGCUCAACAAGUCUCGAGCAGUUGAUACAGGAAUCAAGAUGGAGGUCAAUGAGAGGAUUUUGGCCUCCUGCACAGAGCUGAUGCAGGCGAUCAAGGAGCUCAUCCUGUCUUCCAAAAAUCUGCAAAGGGACAUCGUGGAGAGUGGCAGAGGGGCAGCCUCCAUGAAGGAAUUUUAUGCCAAGAACUCCCGCUGGACCGAGGGCCUGAUCUCUGCCUCCAAAGCAGUGGGAUGGGGCGCCACGGUCAUGGUAGAUGCCGCUGAUCUGGUAGUGCAGGGCAAAGGGAAGUUCGAGGAGCUGAUGGUGUGUUCACAUGAAAUUGCUGCCAGCACGGCACAGCUAGUGGCCGCCUCUAAGGUAAAAGCAGACAAAGACAGCGCCAACCUGCACCGUCUGCAGCAGGCGUCGCGGGGCGUCACGCAGGCCACUGCAGCUGUUGUGGCCUCCACCAAGUCUGGGAAGUCUCAGAUUGAAGAGACAGAUACAAUGGACUUCUCCAGCAUGACUCUCACCCAGAUCAAACGACAGGAGAUGGAUGCACAGGUGCUGGUCCUGGAGCUGGAGACUCGCCUGCAGAAGGAGCGAGAGCGUCUCGGCGAGCUGAGGAAGAAACAUUACGAGCUGGCUGGCGUGGCGGAGGGCUGGGGCGAGGGAGAAGAAGGCACGGGUUGAGGUGUCGCCCCUGAUGUCCCUCCUCCUCCUCCUCCCCCAGAAGACCAGCUUCUGUCUGCCUCGUUCUAUUUAUACACACACUUUUCAGUCUCUCUCCCUUGUUCUCUUCUCUCUUUUUUGUUUGUUAUCUAAGCCAAAUUAAAAGGUGCUUCUUUUCUAAACCUGCUUCUCCACCCGUGUUUGAAAGCCUCCAUAAAGGACAGCACCAAGGGCUCAGUUAGGCGGGGGGAUGUGAAUGGAUGGAUGUGAAGAGCGGGGAGGGUGGGAGGAGAAAAGACAUCACAUCCUCCCCCCGCCUCCCCCCCAGGACUGUGUUGUUUAAAGCAGUGGAAGUGAAGUGGAUCCGUUCUACAGAGUAUUUAUUGCCCUUUACUUUACGCUACGAGCACAAGUUCUACUCCAGACAUCCCAGGAUGCACUGCACAAAGGCGGAGCUCUCAGCAGCGAGAGGGGGAGAUCAGCGACUGUCUGCGCUCCCCCGGCCCCAAAACCAUGUCUCUGUGUAACAUAGAUGGCAUGCAUGCUCCUCCACUAAAACGAGUUUGUUCCACGUUGUGAGCUUAUAACGCCUGAGCUGCUCUUUAUCCGUCUUUAUCCUCCUCCCUGCUUCGUCUUUUCUCACUGUGAGUUAUCACCUUAUAAAGUCCAUACCGCUUCACUGGCUGGUUCACUGGACUUUCUGCCUUUCACCUCGCCACCAUUGUAACGACCUGUGACUGUUAACUUGAGCCGACCCUCUUUUCUUCUCGUUUUUUUUUUUUCUUUAUUUUAACAGACGCUCGCAUGGAAACUCUUAAAGCCGCUCCGAACUGUCAGAGGAGUCGGUGAGUCGUUUCAGAUCAGGAAAGGAGCACAGGAUUUUUUUUUCUCUUUCUCUCUCUCUCUUAACAGUUUUGUCCCCGUGAGCUUUGAGACUGCCAACUACCUCAUGCUACAUCAUCAGAGGUAGCGGUGCAUCAUGGGUAGGUCUGAUGAGAGAGAAACACUUGCCCAAACACUAAUGACAUGGGGUCAAUUUUUGUCUCUUCCCCUUUUAUUGGUUAAAGGAAGGAAAGCGGGUGGUGGGAGGAAAACCUCUUUUUAUACAGAAAAAAGCAACAACUUCGGAUUCUGCUAUUUUUUUUCCCUUAAAAUUCCAGUUUGUAGGAUUUAGUGGCAUCUGAUCGCCUCACAGUGUCUGCUAAAAUGCGAAAGGCGCUCUCUACAGCCAGUGUUCGGUUUGUCCAUUUUGGGCUCCAUGGACUCCAUGGAAGAGGACCUGCUCCCUCUUUAGAUAUAAAGAGCUCAUUCUAAGUAAUACAAACACAAUAAUUCUUAUUUCCAGGUGAUUAAACACUAAUAAAAACUUACUUCUGAAUAUUAUAUUCCAUUGCUGCCAGUAAAUCCUGCACACUGGACCUUUUAGACCUCAUCGGUGCAUAUUUUUACAAAUGUCAGUGGUCAAGCAUCACUACGACAAACCCGACACAGCAGCUGCGGCAGCUUUGGAUCCAGCCACAUCGUGAACUGCCAAUGGUGUCGUUUUCUGACACACGGCUAUCUGAGUUGUUCGCCCUGUACCUUCAUGGAGACGUAAUGACUGGCAGCAGGACCACUGUCGUGCUCCUGGAGACGGGACUGCCUCCCGAGCUGCAGAGGCGACAAAAGGAAGUCCUGAAAAGCUUUUAGAUCAAACUUGAACGUCAGUUUUGGGAAGCUUAAGGCUGCACAGACCUUUUCUUCUUGAAAUGUUUAAGAUCUGGUGUUUCACAUGAUCCUGCCUCUUCAAAUAGCCUACAGGCCUGAUGGUUGGCUGCAGAUUUGUCAGCCCUUCACUAACAGUCUGCAUUGCCAGGACCACAAUGGACUCUGAAGCAUGCAGCACACAGACUGCAGUGUUGUCCAUAGCUUCCUCAAGACCAAGUAGCUGUGUAUAUAAACGACAAGCCUUCUAUUGUUGGAAAUAAUCUCUUGCUUUCUUUUCAUCUAAAAGCAUUGAAUAGCAUCAAUUUGUGCAUCUCUCCAAGUAAGGAUUCAGUUAAAUUAACGAAUAGAGGUCAUUAUUGUUUCCAUAAAAGACUGUUAUUUAACAGAAUUUCCUACUGAUGGACUGACUCUCAGCUUGUUGCCAGUGGACUGAUCGUGCUUUGAGAUGAGCAGGCGUCCGUUUUGAACCCAACACCUUAUUUCUUCUCUCUGUUUGACGGUGGCAGUUUGUCUCUCGCUGUGUCUUAACAUACUUAGUUCUGACGCUCCGCUUCAGCUGUGUAUCUACAAAGUUGUGACACUGGUUUAUUUAACAGACGCUGGUCAAAUAGUAUUUGCCAAUAAUUCUUUUAAAGAAAAACUAUUUUUUUGAAUCGCUUGGGGGGAGCAGAUGGAAGAGAAAAGUGUUUUAUUAAUCAGAAUUUGAAAUAUUUUUCCCAUGCAGCACCACCCAUCUGCUGCUCCAGCCAGCUUCAAACAAACAGCAAGUGUUAUUUGCGGUGCUGUUGGGUCCGGCUCUUUGUAUUUAAUAAUGAUUUUAGCUGUGCUCUGUCACUUCUCCCACACCUGGGCAAAACGGCAGCUGAUCUCAUUAGAAAUUGGAAUAUAAAACAGAAAAAAAACACCAUAAAAUAAGGAUCAGACCUCUUUUUAUGGUAUUUCAAGUGUCUUGGAAGAUGAGUUGAACGCACCUUGAGUGAUGUUUGGUUGUUUUUUUGCCCAAAUCUUCUUUAUUAACCUCUCUCUCUUUGUCUCUUCUCUCUCUGGGGUCUGUGUCUGUAGUCCUACCAGCUCAGCCAGCCUUUCAAACUGCCUCACACUGUAGUCAAAGAGAAACAAAUACUCACAUAGCAACAUUGAAAUAUGUCUUUGUAUGAUAUACUAAACUAUGUUGGUGGGUUUGUUUUUAUUUUUUCAGUUUUUAAAAUAAAUAUUUCAACUCGUUAAUACA